UGUCCAUUUCUUGUUCCCUGCUCUGAACCUUUCACACACACUGAAUGCAUGAAAUAUAAAGGAGAAAGAGUGAGAGAGAACGAGAGAGAACGAGAGAGAGAUGCAGAGUGAGCAGAACUGGGUCAUAUUGAGUUUGCUACCAAACCACGGGCCGUGGCAUAAAAGAGAGAGAAAGCGAGAGAGGGAAUCUAGAAUAGAAUGUAGAAUAGAAUGUAGAACAGAAUGUAGAAUAGCAUGUAGAAUAUAAUGUAGAAUAGAAUGUAGAAUAGAAUGUAGAAUAGAAUGUAGAAUGGCAUGUAGAAUGGCAUGUAGAAUAGAAUGUAGAAUAGCAUGUAGAAUAGCAUUUAGAAUAGAAUGUAGAAUAGAACGUAGAAUAGUACGUAGAAUAGAAUGUAGAAUAUAAUGUAGAAUGGCACGUAGAAUCUAAUGUAGAAUAGAAUGUAGAAUAGAAUGUAGAAUAUAAUGUAGAAUAGCAUGUAGAAUAGAAUGUAGAAUAGAAUGUAGAAUGGCAUGUAGAAUAGAAUGUAGAAUAGAAUGUAGAAUGGCAUGUAGAAUAGAAUGUAGAAUAGAACGUAGAAUAGUGUGUAGAAUAGAAUGUAGAAUAUAAUGUAGGAUGGCAUGUAGAAUCUAAUGUAGAAUAUGAUGUAGAAUACAAUGUAGAAUAUAAUGUAGAUUAAAAUGUAGAAUAGCAUGUAGAAUAGAAUAUAGAAUUGAAUUAAGAAUUGCAUGUAGAAUAGAAUAUAGAAUAGAAUAUAGAAUAGCAUGUAGAAUAGAAUGUAGAAUAGAAUGUAGAAUAGAAUGUAGAAUAUAAUAUAGAAUAGAAUGUAGAAUAGCAUGUUGAAUAUAAUGUAGAAUGGCAUGUAGAAUGGCAUGUAUAAUAGAAUGUAGAAUAUAACAUAGAAUAGAAUGUAGAAUAGCAUGUAGAAUAGAAUGUAGAAUAUAAUGUAGAAUGACAUGUAGAAUAUAAUGUAGAAUAGCAUGUAGACUGGAAUGUAGAAUAGAAUGUAGAAUAUAAUAUAGAAUAUAAUGUAGAAUAGCAUGUAGAAUAUAAUGUAGAAUCAAAUGUAGAAUAGCAUGUAGACUAGAAUGAAGAAUAUAAUGUAGAGUAUAAUGUAGAAUAUAAUAUAGAAUAGAAAAUAGAAUAGAAUAUGGAAUAGAAUAUAGAAUAGAAUGUAGAAUAGAAUGUAGAAUAGAAUGUAGAACAGGCCUCCUCGAGCUGCUGUUGGUCAGAAAACUGAAACACGAGGCAAUGUUUCUGUUAUUCUGGCCCUUUGAGUGUCCAGCAUGAGUAACAUAUACGAGUCUGCAGAGGCGACCCUCGGCCUGUGCAACUCUUCCUGUCUGACCAAGGUUGAGCUGAGAGUGGCUUGUCAAGGGAUCUCAGACCGAGAUGCCCUUUCUAAACCUGACCCCUGUGUUGUCCUCAAGAUGCAGUCACACGGACAGUGGUUUGAGGUGGACCGGACAGAGGUGAUCCGUAGCAGUAUCAGUCCAGUGUUCUCUAAGGUGUUCCUGGUUGACUUCUACUUUGAGGAGGUGCAGCGUCUUCGCUAUGAGCUACAUGAUAUCAGUCCCGCUCACAACGGACUCAGAGACACAGACUGCCUCGGAGCUAUGGAGUGUACGUUGGGACAGAUCGUGUCCCAGAGGAAACUGUCCAAAGCGCUACUUAAACAGGGAAACGCUACCAGCAAGUCCUCGAUCACGGUAACAUCAGAGGAGUUGUCAGGUAAUGAUGACUACGUAGAACUAUCCUUCAGAGCUCGGAAACUAGACGACAAGGAUUUCUUCAGCAAAUCAGAUCCAUUUUUGGAAAUCUUCCGAAUGAAUGAUGAUGGCAGCGGAUCACUAGUUCACAGAACUGAGACGGUGAUGAAUGACCUCAGCCCGGUGUGGAAGUCAUUCAAGGUCUCUCUUAACACACUGUGUAGUGGAGACCACGACCGCCAACUAAAGUGCACAGUGUAUGAUUGGGACUCCAAUGGGAAGCACGACUUCAUUGGAGAGUUUCAGACCACCUAUAAGGAGAUACGGACAGACCUGGACGGGAGACAGAUGCAAUGGGACUGUAUAAACCCCAAGUACCAGCUGAAGAAGAAGAACUACAGAAACUCUGGCGUCAUCGUCCUCAACCACUGUAAGAUCAUCAAGAUGUAUUCUUUCCUGGAUUACAUCAUGGGAGGCUGUCAGAUCCAGUUCACAGUGGCCAUAGACUUUACAGCGUCAAACGGAGACCCCAAAAACAGUUGUUCUCUCCACUACAUCCAUCCAUACCAGCCCAAUGAGUACCUGAAAGCCCUGGUGGCUGUGGGCGAAAUAUGUCAAGACUAUGACAGUGAUAAGAUGUUUCCAGUGUUUGGGUUUGGAGGUCAGAUCCCACCUGACUUCAAGGUCUCACACGAUUUUGCCGUGAACUUUGAUGAAGACAAUCCAGAAUGUUCUGGUAUCCAGGGUGUGGUGGAAGCCUACCAGGGCUGUCUUCCUAAGAUCCAGCUGUACGGACCGACCAACAUCGCUCCCAUCAUACAGAAAGUUGCUUCUUCUGCCUCAGAGGAGAUGCACACCAAGGAAGCUAUGGAGUAUUUCAUCCUGUUGAUUCUAACAGAUGGAGUGAUAACAGACAUGGCUGACACUAGAGAAGCUAUAGUCCAUGCUUCCCACCUACCCAUGUCUGUCAUCAUAGUAGGGGUGGGAAAUGCUGACUUCAGUGACAUGCAGAUGUUGGACGGAGACGAUGGAAUACUCAGGUCCCCGAAAGGAGAGCCUGUUCUCAGAGACAUUGUCCAGUUCGUUCCCUUUAAAGACUUCAAACAUGCGUCCCCGGCUGCGCUAGCUAAGAGUGUGUUAGCGGAGGUGCCCAAUCAGGUGGUGGAUUACUACAACGCAAAAGGACUGCAUCCAAAAUGUCUGUCUGACUAUGACGAAUCUACCAGACACCCAUUAUGAACACACACACACCCAUUAUAAACACACACACACCCAUUAUAAACACACACACCCCCAUUAUAAACACACACACACACCCAUUAUAAACACACACACACCCAUUAUGAACACACACACACCCAUUACACACCCAUUAUAAACACACACACACCCAUUAUAAACACACACACACCCAUUACACACCCAUUAUAAACACACACACACCCAUUAUAAACACACACACACACAUUAUAAACACACACACACACACCCAUUAUAAACACACACACACCCAUUACACACCCAUUAUAAACACACACACACACCCAUUACACACCCAUUAUAAAUCUACCAGACCCCUCAGUCCCUGAUCACACAAACACACACAUUAUAAACACACACACACCCAUUAUAAACACACACCCACCCAUUACACACCCAUUAUAAAUCUACCAGACCCUUCAGUCCCUGAUCACACAAACACAGACAUUAUAAACACACACACACACACCCAUUAUAAACACACACACACCCAUUAUAAACACACACACACCCAUUACACACCCAUUAUAAACACACACACACACACCCAUUAUAAACACACACACACCCAUUACACGCUCAUUAUAAACACACACACACCCAUUACACACCCAUUAUAAACACACACACACCCAUUACACACCCAUUAUAAACACACACCCACCCAUUACACACUCAUUAUAAACACACACACACCCAUUACACACCCAUUAUAAACACACACCCACCCAUUACACACUCAUUAUAAACACACACACACCCAUUACACACCCAUUAUAAACACACACACGCCCAUUAUAAACACACACACACACACACACCCAUUAUAAACUCCCAUACACCCAUUAUAAACACACACACACACACCCAUUACAAACACACACACAUAUAUUAAACACACACCCAUUAUAAACACACACAUACACAUUAUAAACACACAGACACCCAUUAUAAACACACACAUAUUAAACAUGCACACGCCCAUUAUAAACACACACACACACCCAUUACAAACACACACACACACACACACACACACUUUAUAAAUACACACACACCCAUUAUAAUCAUACAUACACCCAUUAUAAACACACACACACUGCAUACAGUAGUGUAGCCCAGAAAAGUAGUUUGAUCUGGUGGUUUCACUACGUAAUUACUGCGUAUUACUACGUAUUACUGCAUGCUGGCCUAAUGGGUUUUUAUCACACACACACAGGCACACACACACACACACACACACACACACACACACACACACAUACACACACACACACACACACACACACACACACACACACCUUUUAAAGGUGACUUUCAAUAUUUUUCAACAAUAUUACAUACAGUAUAGGUUAAUUGAAGUUUAGUAAGAGUUGUACCUUAUCAUAAUAACCAUCAUAAUAAUGAGGGCCAACUAGUCCAUAGUUUAGGGUUCUGGUAACAUAGGAGACUUUGUAAACAAAUAAUGUGUAGCUUCAAAUCAUGUUUAAAGAGCGACUGAACCAAAUAACCAACUUCCCCAAUUGAAAACGACCUAUGUAGCAUCAAUGAGUCAGAAACAUUUGUUAUUGAGUCAAAAUUGACUACAAAGUGUAAAUAGGGUAAUUUUGGUCAUAAAGUCAGUACCGUCCAAAACAAAGAUUGGUGAAAUGUAAGGAAUCUAGGUUACGUAACAGUUUUCCUUGGGUUGAGUUCAUUUCAAUCCUGCCCACAGCUGGCAGCACCCAAGUAAUCAUCAAUUCUGAGCACAGGUGCAAAAAACCCGAUCAUUAUGCGCACACUGACCGUGGUAAAUCUGGUUUGACUUUGGAUAUCACUAUGUGUCUAGUUAGGGACCAUCAAUAAAUUACACAAUGUACAAUAUUUUUGGACAAUGUGAAAACAUUUCAAUAACUCCAAAUUUAUAAUACUUAAAAACCUCUAACAAACUAUAAAUUGUAGCAAUUAAUAUACAAAUAUUGAAAGAAUGUCAUGAGAACUAAAAGAUGUGCAACAUGAAAAUAUUGUACCAUUUACAUUUUGUAAUUUAUUGACGGUCCCUAACUAGCCCCAGAGAUAGACUAUCAAAAAGUUAAACCACCUUUUCCCCUGUCGCACACCAGCCGACUGAAGCUAAUUGGUGAAAGGCCUAGCCCAGGAUACUUCCAGGCACAAUACUUGAGCCCUAUACUACGAAUCAGGUUUGAGGAGUUAGCGAGGCAACUUUGGUAAACUCUGAGUUCAUCUCUGGAUAACCGAUCCUACGAAAGGGGCUCACCUUUUAGCCAGGGAAAUUUCUAUGGCAAUAAAUCCUUCAGAACUAACCUGCUCUGGGGCAGGCGAACUCACGGCUAACUCCACUUACCCUGAAUGAAAUGACUGAUAUGCGAGUCGGAGGACCAAUGAAAUCAGAUUCCCUGCCUCUCGCAAAGAUCAUGUUAUCAUCCCCUUCAGGAGGACGUCUGAUUAAAUAUUUUAUGAAUCAAAUGUGUUGGGUUAAAAUUUGUCAGAUUAAAAUACCUAUCAUAUUACACAUUUAGAAAUGACAGGAUGCAUUUGAAAGUUCACGCACGGUAAAACUUUUACAUGACUGUGUACGAUACAAUUACUUUAUUGAUAGGGGUGGAACAAAAGGUGAUUGUGUACUGAUAAGCACAUCCAAAGCACAUCACAAGAAAUACACAAACACAAGAGACACCCACAUCAAAGAACUCCUCCAAGAACCAAAUCUGGUUCUCAGUCUCAUUUCCUAAUGAGGAGGGUUGAAACCCAAAAGUAAAUCAGUUCAGACACAAUUUUAAAUCAUGUUGCUCUCGUGCCUCAUUCCUUCAGCACGACUUAUACAUUUCAUAUAGAAGACAGAACUAUUUGCAUGUGGAAAUGUCAUGGGAUGCAUUUUAUCUGUUGUUUAUGUUUUUGUUGGUGGCCCGCUCUUUGAUGGUAUGCACAUUUUACAGAGUGUGGAUUUUAAGGAGUUAGGAUUAUAUACUGUAACGUGUUAUAUACGUCUUUUUCUACAGGUUUGUUGAGAGUUUGCUAAAUAAAUAAAUAACUAAAACUGUA